UCAACUUUUUAUAAUAUUAUUACUGUUCACAAAAGUGCUAUGGUAGGACUACAAAAAGAACAUGUAGGAUUUCUUCUUACAAUACUUUUAGUUCCCUCAUAAUUCUGUCAACACAAUUUUCAAAUGUAUUACUGGCCAACUGUACACACAUUGCAACCUAAAUGAAGUAUUUUCCAAUUUAUUUUAAUGCUGCUUUGUUUUUAUAGAAUAGCUGUAAAGUGCUGAAGAAGAUCCAGAUUGCCACACAGUCUAUUAGAAUAAACAGUUUCCAUGGACUGCCAUACAGUGUUAGCACAGAUGAUGAGUUUCAGAGAAUCUGGUGUGUCAUUGAAAGGUUCGAACAUAUAAAGGCUUACAUAGAAUUAAGACUGUAUAUGAUGAAGGUCUUGAAGAAACACUUUGACAUUUGGUUAGAAGAUUUAAAACGAUUAAAGAUCUGCAUAUCAGAAGCAAUGGAAAUACAGGAGAAACUUCACAGUGAGGCCUGUGAAUGUAAAUCUGCAGUUGAGCACCACCUUAAUAUGCAAGAGGUACUUUCAAAACAAAGUGCUUUUAUCAAAGAAAAACUGGAAAAGUGUGAAACCGCUACCUUCAACCUAACUAUUAUGCUAAAGGAGAUUGGCAGGUGGUCAGAAAAAUUUCAGCAGUCAAUGAUAAUGACAAAAUGUGAAAAACGUACACACGAAAAGCGAUGGAAUGACAUUCUGGGUGAUUCCAUUACUCAAGAGAUGGUGCAUAUUGCAACAAGAUAUUAUUCAUUCACUAAGCUAAACCAAUGUUACAGGACUCACUUAGAGGGUCUUCUCAUAGCAUUUCAAGAGUCUAGGACACCGCAGACCAAAAGUACACAACACACAACUUCUGCUGCCACUAUUUAUUGGAAGGAAGAAGAGAUUCAAAAAUCAAUAAGUAAAGAAUCUUGACCCAAAGAUUUAACUCAUGCCUAUGAUUAAGGGUGCAAUAGCCCAAAAUGCGUCAGGUGUCGGAUACUUCUGCCUAUUUUUAAAAGAUCCAAUAAUAGAGAUUAUUUUAACUGUAUGUGCUGUUGUCCAUAUCUUGAGAAAUAUGUUUGAAGCUUUUGGGGACACCUGAGGACUUUGAGCGGCUGAAUUUUGUAUUGGAUGCAUUUUUUUUAAUGAUUUGCAUUUCCUGUAAUUACAACAUAGCACCUUGUACUUGGUUGCACAAAUAUUCAUGCUGAAUGAAAAACAAUCCUAUAAAUUUACUCAAUUUAUCAAAAUUACAGAAGUAUCCAUACAUGCUCAGGUCCCAAGUAUUUCAGAUAAUAGGCCCCAUUGUAUGUAGUAAAGUGAAUCUGGAACACUGUAUUAGCACAGAUCUUAUGGAUUCAGAAUUUUCACCCUCAAAUUCCACUCAUGUCCACAAGGUGUCCUAAAAGGCACAUGAAAAUGAAACAUUGAAAAUUCCAUUUUAAGUAGAAGACGGAGUAUUGAAAAUAGAUUUUUGCUUUGUUUUCAUGUAUAUAAGAGGCUAACACCUGGCUACCAAGUGAUAAUAAAGGCAUUAUCCUAGCAAUCAAGUGGCACAUAGAAAAUACAACAAUGGGUGGAAGAGUUUCACUUCUGUCUGUUACUGGCAAUUUAAUAAGCUGCUUAUAUUAAUUUGCACCAGUCUGUAUACUGUGUAAUUAGCUCUAAAAAUGACCACAGUGCAUUUUCCCCUUUUUGGGUAAGCACAUUUAAAUCUAUCUAUCUAUCUAUCUAUCUAUCUAUCUAUCUAUCUAUCUAUCUAUCUAUCUAUCUAUCCGUUUUGCAUGUCACACAGUAACUAGCUUACUUAGGGGGUAUUGUAAUAAAAAACACUAAGUUUACCCAGGCACAGUAACCCAUAGCAACCAAUCAGCAGAAAGCCUUUACUUGUCACCUGUUUAAAAGCAAACGUCUUAUUGGUUGCUAUGAGUGACUGCUCCUGAGCAAACUUAGUGUGGCUUCAUUUAUAAAGUUUGCAUAGUGCAGAAAUGAUUUGCACAGUGUACAAAUUUGCUCUCUGCAUAAUUAUAUUUAAUAUGCUGGAUAAGAGUCGUGUUUUUAAUGUUAAAACAGAAUAAUGAAUUUUCAUUCAUGCUGCGAUUGUACAUAAAAGUACGACAUAAUUGCAAACUGUGAAUAUUUAUGCGUACAUUCUCUGUUUGAGUUACCCCACGAUUUUGGUAUCACGGCACUUCUCACAUUGCCCCUUCCCUCGUCUAAUAUGCCACAAAAUAACUCCUGCCUGCUUGCUGUGAUUGAGUAAUUCCAGGACUGAAGAAAACAAAAUGUAAAUAAUAAAUGUAGUGUAAGUAAAGUUUAUUUUGCUCAACUAACAUGAUAGAAAAAAAUGUGGAAUUAUUUCUUAAGGUGACAGGUCCCCUUUAAGGUUGUGAUGAACUGAUAAAUACCUCCUGCAAUUUAAAAUUUGCUUAAGUUAUUGUGCCCAUCAAGUCCCAAGCUCAUCUGUAUACAGUCCGAUGACAUACUGUGAGGAGAAUUGUGACAUUUGAUAUUGAAAAUAUUUAACGCAUAUUGGUUGUAUUCAUUUUAAAUAACACAUUCUCCUUCUGACAUGAAGGCAUUGCAUUUGACUUAUGCCAGCUGCCUUCACUGUAGAACCAAUGACUGUUAACUUUAGUGAAUCAUUAUGGAAAAAUCCUUGCUUUCAUUUUAAAUAUGUUGAUUGAGCACAGACUUCAAAGCAAAAAUAUAUUUGCUUGGGUGACUCAAGAUGUAUACACAAGUAUACACAACUUUUCUUUACACCCUGUAAUUAACUGAACAGCAAUUAACAGGAUGGGAUGUUCCUAAGAAAGCUUGAUUCUAUAUUUUUUUCAUGCAAACCAAGCACAAAUCUCCAUUGAGUGCCUACUAAUUCUGCCUAGUAUAUACAUUUAUAAAUAACUGGAGGUCUGUAUUACUAUAAAAUGAAUACUUUAUGUACAGUGAAGUAAUCUUAUUCCCUAUUUCUAAUUUUAAUAACUUGGGACUGUAAAUGUUAUAUAUAUUUAGAUGCCGUUUUUUUUUUUUUGCAACAGCAGUCAGCAAGGCGUCAGGUCCUUGUUGAAAUGUUUAGAACUUAAAGUGGUUGUUCACCUUUUGGUUAACAUGAAAUAUGUUACAGAAUGUCCUAUAUAUAUCCAUUUUUCAUCUGGCCUUCAUUUCUUUAUAGUUUUUAAAUCAUUUGCAUUCUUCUACUUUGUUACUCUAUGGGGCUAGAGUUCUAUUGUUAUUGAUACUUCAUAUUAUUUAUCUUUCUGUUCAGACCCUCUCCCUUUCAUCUUCUAGUCUUUCAUGCACGGCCUGGAGAGCAGCUGAAUAAAAAACUACUGAAAAGGGUGGUUCGCCUUUAAAUUAACUUUAAGGGGGUUAUUUAUUAAAGUCCGAUUUUUUCUGGUCGGACUUCUGGUCUGGUCAUAGAAAAAAAAACUCAAAUUUUUCAAGAUUUAUUAAACCCUGAUUGUGUUAAAGUCCGAACAAAAAAGUACUCCGUACUCCGUACUCAGACCUGACGAGUUCAGGCCAGGCCUGGCAAUCUGCGGCUUUUGGCAAAUGACAGAGGGGCUGCCAUAAAAUACCAUAGACAGUCACUAUUUAGUGGGCUGGUUGGGGGCUGUGUGGGCCUCUUUGAACUUGAAAUGCCAGGGCCUAUUUUGAUUCCCAGUCCAGACCUGAACGAGAAAUCAGUGGCAGAUGUCCUGUUGAUAUCCUGAUCUUAAAAUCCAAGAUUUUGUGGUUUAUGGGCGUCAAAUACGAACAUUUCACGAAGUUUUUCAAGAAAGUUUUGGAAAAUUCCAUGCAGAUUUUCAGUUUUCAGAAAAUAGUGAGAACUUUUCAGA